ACAUCUAUUAUUAAAGAACAGUUAUAUAUAGCAUAGCUUUGCAAAGAGCUCGCAGCCGUUCGGGGGUAAAACAGCAACAUCAAUUCAUGCCCCUUGGCUGGCCGCCAGUGACGCUGUGCGCGGCAACACACCACCAAAAUGACGACAGCCAGCGCAGUAUUAGUUUACGCUGGUAUCAGAAGACCUGAUUCAAUUGAUUCUGGUGCGUUCAAGGUGUCUACUGAGUUGUUUGGAUGGAAGAACAAGAGGACUGGUGAAGUCAUCCAGCACAAGCGCAGCGAUUUGAACAGUAUCUCCAUCAUCAAUAUAGGAGGAGGCAUGUACCAAGUUCGUUUUGACAUGAAUGCUUCAAAAGGUUAUGAAAUCUUGAGGUUUUCUGGGUUUUCGGAAAAGGCUGUCGAUGAACUGAAGCAACACUUUGAUGAACAUUUUAAAAUAUCACCAGAAGUGGGCUCUGUGGCCCACACGGGAUGGCAUUGGGGAGUUUACGGCUUUGAAAAUGACACAUUUAAAUUAACAAUCGAUGAUAAUGCCGGUAUCGACAUAGACGCAAAGGAUGUAACACAAGUCACGGUGCCUACCAAGACUGACCUUGCUGUAGAAUUCAAGCAAAACAAGGGAUACAUCAACGGAGAUGAACUCAUGGAAAUACGUUUCUGCAUACCUAACAAGCCAGAUGUUGACGAUAAUGAACUGGCUUUAGAAGAUCUUAAACAGACCUUCCUGCUCAAAGCAGGUUUGGACGAACUCAAGUCCGAGACAUUGGCGUUCCUUACAGAUGUACCUCUUAUCGUACCAAGAGGAAGAUUCGAAAUCGAGUUCUCACGCAAACAUAUCAAAUACCAUGGAAAGAGUUACGACUACACCAUGUUCUUCACCAAUAUUUCUCGCAUGUUUCUUGUUCCUAAACCUAACAGCCCACAUAUCAACUUUAUCAUUGGGUUGCACCAGCCAAUGAGGCAGGGUCAAACGAGGUACCCUUUCGUUGUAAUGCAGUUUGACGCCGAAGAAGAUAUUGAACUAGAAAUAAACAUGCCCGAGGAGGACCUCGAAUCAAUGAAGCUUGAGAAGGUAAUGACCGGUAAAACGUUCAACGUUGUCACCAAAUUAUUUGGCACUUUGGUAAACAAACCCAUCGUGGUUCCCGGAGAAUUCAAAUCAGAAAAGGAAGAAGCGGGUUUCUCAUGUACAUACAAAGCUACAAGCGGAUACAUGUUCCCGCUCAACAGAUCGCUGCUUUUUAUUGUCAAACCUGUUAUAUUCAUUAGAUUCGAUGAGAUUAUAUCUGUUGAAUUCAGCAGGACCGGUGUUUCUACACAAAACAGAUUCUUCGCUUUCAGCAUUUCGACUAAGAAUGGUCAAGAAUACGAGUUCACCAAUGUAGACCGUGCCGAGUUCGAGCCCUUGUCUAAGUACCUAGCCUCAAGAGAUGUUAAGAUCAAGAGGCUUGAUGAGCAAGAUGCAUCAGCUAUGUACAGAGCAUCACAGUUAGAAGAAGAAGGUGAUGAUGACGAUGAAGAAGAUGAGGACUUUGAAGACGAUGGAGAAUCCGACGACGACGAUGAAUCUGAAGAAGAAGACGAAGGUUCAAAUUAAAUACCUAAUUAACAUCAAAUAA